AUGGCAACCAAUAAUAGUUUACCCGACUCAUGUGCACCACCAAGUGUUCUGAUGAACUCCUCUGAGAGAAGAGUUAUGGCUGAUUUAGAGGACAUCAAAAGAGCUAACAAUAGUAUUCGAGAGGAACAAAUUCUAUUGAAGUCCAUGAUUGAACGCAUAAAUUCCAUUUAUGUCAAGCCUGAGUUGAAGGAGAAUGAAAGACUUCUGAAAAAUAGCAAGACCAAUCCUAUCACCACCCCUCAUAAGACAUGCGAAAUUACGGAAAAUAUCAAAAAGAGUGACAGCAAGUCAAUAUUUAAUAUAGAUGUGGACUCAAAUAUAUGUCUUGAUGUGUCAGAUGAUGAGGAUGAUGUCAUGGAACUAGAUCGAACAACCAUAACCCGCCAAGAUCCACGCAAAGUUGCUGUCCAACGGAGCAUUCCCUCUAUCAAACGCCAGAAACUGUCACCCCAGCCAAAUGGAAAAGGGAAGGCGAAACCACUAUCAAAGCCAUGGUUCCCUGGACCUGGUGAAAGGAGAACCAGGUUCCAAAAUACGGUUGAGGUAAAAUCUUUGCACAUCCAUAUGCAUUUACAUGUUAUUAUAAAAGGGAUAGGUUUAUAA